AUGGGGGCAGCGAGCUGCGAGGAUGAGGAGCUGGAAUUUAAGCUGGUGUUCGGGGAGGAAAAGGAGGCCCCCCCGCUGGGCGCGGGUGGGGCGGGGGAAGAACUGGACUCAGAGGACGCCCCACCAUGCUGCCGUCUGGCCCUGGGGGAGCCCCCUCCCUAUGGCGCUGCUCCCAUUGGCAUUCCCCGGCCUCCACCCCCUCGGCCUGGCAUGCACUCCCCACCACCCCGCCCGGCCCCCUCACCUGGCACUUGGGAGAGCCAGCCAGCCCGGUCAGUGAGGCUGGGGGGGCCGGGAGGGAGCUCCGGGGGGGCUGGGGGAGGCCGUGUUCUUGAGUGCCCCAGCAUCCGCAUCACCUCUAUCUCUCCCACUCCCGACCCACCAGCUGCGCUGGAGGACAACUCAGAUCCCUGGGGGGAAGGCUCCCCCAGGGACUACCCCCCACCGGAAGGCUUUGGAGGCUACCGAGAGGCAGGGGGGCAGGGUGGGGGCCCAUUCUUCAGUCCAAGCCCGGGCAGCAGCAGCCUGUCCUCCUGGAGCUUCUUCUCAGAUGCCUCGGAUGAGGCAGCCUUGUAUGCUGCCUGUGAUGAGGUGGAGUCUGAGCUAAAUGAGGCAGCCUCCCGCUUUGGCCUGGGCUCCCCACUGCCCUCACCCCGGGCCUCCCCGAGGCCGUGGACCCCCGAUGACCCCUGGAGCCUGUAUGGUCCAAGUCCUGGAGGCCGGGGGCCAGAGGAUAGCUGGCUACUCCUCAGUGCUCCUGGGCCCACCCCAGCCUCCCCACGACCUGCCUCUCCAUGUGGCAAGAGGCGCUAUUCCAGCUCGGGAACCCCAUCUUCGGCCUCCCCAGCUCUGUCCCGCCGAGGCAGCCUAGGGGAGGAGGGGCCUGAGCCACCUCCACCACCCCCCUUGCCUCUGGUCCGGGACCCUGGCUCCCCUGGCCCCUUUGACUAUGUGGGAGCCCCAUCGGCCGAAAGCAUCCCCCAGAAGACCCGGAGGACUUCCAGCGAGCAGGCGGUGGCCCUGACUCGGUCUGAGGAGCCUGCCCCGUGCAAUGGGAAGCUGCCCUCGGGAGUAGAGGAGGCCGGGGCUCCUCCUGGGGGUCCUCGGAAGGAGGUGGCUGGCAUGGAUUACCUGGCGGUGCCUUCUCCACUGGCUUGGUCCAAGGCCCGGAUUGGGGGACACAGCCCCAUCUUCAGGACCUCUGCCCUCCCCCCGCUGGACUGGCCUUUGCCCAGCCAGUAUGAGCAGCUGGAGCUGAGGAUCGAGGUGCAGCCCAGAGCCCACCACCGGGCCCACUAUGAGACAGAGGGCAGCCGGGGAGCUGUCAAAGCAGCCCCUGGUGGUCACCCUGUAGUCAAGCUCCUAGGCUACAGUGAGAAGCCGCUGACCCUGCAGAUGUUCAUCGGCACCGCAGACGAGCGGAACCUGCGGCCUCAUGCCUUCUAUCAAGUGCACCGUAUCACCGGCAAGAUGGUGGCCACGGCCAGCUAUGAAGCUGUAGUCAGUGGUACCAAGGUGUUGGAGAUGACCCUGCUCCCUGAGAACAACAUGGCAGCCAACAUUGACUGUGCUGGAAUCCUGAAGCUUCGGAAUUCGGAUAUUGAAUUGCGGAAGGGCGAGACGGACAUCGGGCGCAAGAACACACGAGUGCGGCUGGUGUUCCGCGUACACGUGCCCCAAGGCAGCGGCAAGGUUGUCUCCGUCCAGACAGCAUCAGUGCCCAUCGAGUGCUCCCAGCGAUCAGCUCAGGAGUUGCCCCAGGUGGAGGCCUACAGCCCCAGUGCCUGCUCUGUCAGGGGUGGGGAGGAGCUCGUGCUGACUGGCUCCAACUUCCUGCCGGACUCCAAGGUGGUGUUCAUCGAGAGGGGCCCCGAUGGAAAGUUGCAAUGGGAGGAGGAGGCCACGGUGAACCGGUUGCAGAGCAAUGAGGUGACUCUGACCCUGACUGUCCCCGAGUACAGCAACAAGCGCGUGUCCCGGCCCGUCCAGGUCUACUUUUACGUCUCCAAUGGGCGGAGGAAGCGCAGUCCUACCCAGAGUUUCAAGUUCCUGCCUGUGAUCUUCAAGGAGGAGCCUCUACCGGAUGCAUCUCUCCAGGGCUUCCCCUCAGCAUCGGGGCCCCCCUUUGGCUCUGACAUGGACUUCUCACCACCCAGGCCCCCCUACCCCUCCUAUCCCCAUGAAGACCCUGCUUAUGAAACGCCUUACCUGUCAGAAGGCUUCAGCUAUGGCACGCCCCCACUGUACCCCCAGACGGGGCCCCCACCAUCCUACAGACCUGGCCUGCGGAUGUUCCCUGAGACUGGGGGUACCACAGGUUGUGCCCGCCCACCUCCAGUCUCUUUCCUUCCCCGGCCCUUCCCUAGUGACCCCUAUGGAGGACGGGGCUCCCCCUUUCCCCUGGGGCUGCAGUUCCCUCCUCCCUCCCCCUUCCGGCCCCCACUGCCUUCAUCCCCACCACUUGAAGGCCCCUUCCCUCCCCAGGGCAGUGUUCGCCCCCCACCUGCUGAGGGAUACAGUGAGGUAGGGCCAAGCUACGGCCCUGGGGAGGGGGCUCCGGAGCAGGAGAAAUCCAGGGGUGGCUACGGCAGCGGCUUCCGAGACAGUGUCCCUAUCCAGGGUAUCACGCUGGAGGAAGUGAGUGAGAUCAUUGGCCGAGACCUGAGUGGCUUCCCUGCACCUCCUGGAGAAGAGCCUCCCGCCUGA